CAUGGAUGUGAAGUUGGAAGUUGUGGAUUUACCCCUGGGGGCAGCUGCUGGCUGUGUGUGAUAGGGAGGGGGCAGUUAGCCGGCGCGUUUCCUUCUCUCCGGGGCAGAUCGUUCAGCGCAGCGCGAUGUUUUAUGCCACCCUGUACUUCGUGUUACCCCUGCUGGACGCCUUUCUGUCCGCGGAGGUGCGGAGGUCUCCGUCCGGCGAGCGCCUGGACUGCGUCAGGGCCAACGAGCAGUGCCUGAAAGAGCAGGAAUGCAGCGCCAAGUACAGGACACUCCGCCAGUGCGUGGCGGGCAAGGAGACCAACUUCAGCAAAGCGAUGGGACUGGAGGCCAAAGACGAGUGCAGGAACGCCACGGAGGCCCUCAAACAGAAAGCGCUGCACAGCUGCCGCUGCAAGCGGGGCAUGAAGAAGGAGAAGAACUGCCUGCGCAUCUACUGGAGCGUCUACCAGAGCCUGCAGGGUAACGAGCUGCUCGAGGACUCGCCCUACGAACCGGUCAACAGCCGGCUGUCGGAUAUUUUUAAAGCGGAUUCCACCGUGUCCGAGUCGAUGAUGCUGAAGGGCAGCGAUUGUCUCGACGCGGCCAAAGCCUGCAACCUGGACGACACGUGCAAGAAGUACCGCUCGGCGUACAUCAAUCCGUGCACCAACAGCAUGUCCAACGAGGUCUGCAACCGGCGCAAGUGCCACAAAGCCCUGCGCCAGUUCUUCGACAAGGUCCCCCCGAAGCACAGCUACGGGAUGCUCUUCUGCUCCUGCAAGGACUUCGGGUGCACGGAGCGGCGGCGGCAGACCAUCGUCCCCGCGUGCUCCUACGAGGAGAAGGAGAAGCCCAACUGCCUGGGGCUGCAGGAGUCCUGCAAGACCAACUACAUCUGCAGGUCUCGCCUCGCGCAUUUCAUGGCGGACUGCCAGCCGGACCCUCGCUCCGCCAGCGGGUGUUUAAAGGAGAAUUACGCCGAAUGCUUACUGGCCUAUUCUGGGCUUAUUGGUACGUCGAUCACCCCCAAUUACCUGGAGUCCAGCAGUCUGAGCGUCUCUCCCUGGUGCGACUGCAGCAACAGCGGGAAUCACAACGACGACUGCCUGAAGUUCCUGAACUUCUUCAAAGACAACAUCUGCCUCAAGAACGCUAUCCAAGCUUUCGGUAACGGCACGGAUAUCAGACAGCAGGCAGAGGCGGUACAAACCACAACAUCGACCCCCGCGGUAAUUGCCAAAAUGAAGCCAAAGGACCCGGGAUUCACGGACACGCUGCACAUUUCCAAUGAGAUUCCCACACACAACGGGCUGCCAGCAUGCGCGAACCUACAGGCGCAUAAACUGGAAUUCAACGACUCGUCCGACUCCCCGAUCUGUGUCGCUGAGCACUCCCUUGGAAAAGACAACAUGGUGGGGCGAUCUUCCAGUAACCACAUCCUGGCCGAUAAUUCCUCCGGAUACCCCUCCAGACUCUGCACGACGCUUUUCAUCAUGGCGGCGACGCAUUCGCUGCUCCUGACCCUGCGCGCCGCGGCGACAUUAUAAAGGACUUCUUCUACGGAC